UAAAGCAAAGAAAAAGGGAAAACUGAGAGAAAAGAGAGUGAGAGAGUAAUCUUGUGAUCUUGCUUUCUGUUGGUUUUUGAAGAUGGUUUAUUCAUAUGUUGUGGGAGGAAUCAUGGCUUCUCUGUUUGGGCUUGUUGUGUUGUACAAUUCAAGAAAAAAGAGGACGAACAGGGGAGCUUUGAUGGGGAGAAUGAGGGAUGAAUGUCCUAAGACCUCUGGAAAUGGAGGAUGCAGUCAGGAGAUCACAGAAUGUAGUGAUGUGAUUAUUGUUGGUGCUGGAGUUGCUGGGUCUGCUCUUGCUUACGCUCUUGGCAAGGAUGGACGCCGAGUACAUGUGAUUGAAAGGGACCUCUCUGAGCCUGAUAGAAUUGUGGGAGAACUGCUUCAACCUGGUGGCUAUCUGAAAUUAGUUGAUUUGGGUCUAGAAGAUUGUGUCAAAGGGAUUGAUGCCCAGAAAGUGUUUGGAUAUGCACUUUACAAAGAUGGGAAACACACUCAACUGUCGUAUCCCUUGGAGCAUUUUCAUCCUGAUGUGGCUGGGAGAGGCUUUCAUUAUGGGCGUUUCAUUCAGAGCCUGAGAGCAAAAGCGGCUUCUAUUUCUAGUGUAAGAUUGGAACAAGGAACAGUAACAUCCCUGAUUGAACAAGAUGGGACUAUCAAAGGGGUGCAGUACAAGAACAAAGCUGGUGAAGUACUAACUGCAUAUGCCCCGUUUACGAUUGUAUGCGAUGGUUGUUUUUCAAAUUUGCGCCAAUCUCUCUGCAAUCCCAAGGUGGCUGUGCCCUCAUCUUUUGUUGGUUUGGUCCUGGAAAACAGCCCCCUUCCAUACACCAACCACGGACAUGUUAUCUUGGCAGAUCCUUCGCCUGUCCUGUUUUAUCCCAUCAGUAGUUAUGAGAUCCGUUGUUUGGUGGAUGUCCCUGGCCAAAAGGUGCCCUCCAUAUCCAGUGGAGAAAUGGCUCACUAUUUGAAAACUGCAGUGGCUCCCCAGAUCCCCCCUGAGCUUUAUAGUGCCUUCAUAUCUGCAAUCAACAAAGGAAACAUUAAAACAAUGCCAAAUAGAAGCAUGCCUGCAUCACCCCUUCCAACCCCAGGAGCACUUUUACUUGGGGAUGCGUUCAACAUGCGACAUCCUUUAACAGGAGGUGGAAUGACCGUGGCCCUAUCUGAUGUUGUCGUACUAAGGGAUCUCUUCAGGCCAUUGCAGGAUCUGAAUGAUGCAGCUGCUGUGUGCAAGUAUCUUGAAGCCUUCUAUACUCUAAGGAAGCCGGUGGCAUCUACAAUAAAUACAUUGGCAGGAGCUUUAUACAAGGUGUUUUGUGCAUCACCUGACCAAGCAAGGAAGGAAAUGCGCCAAGCAUGUUUUGACUAUUUGAGCCUGGGAGGUGUCUUUUCCAAUGGACCUGUGUCUCUGCUCUCUGGUCUAAACCCUCGCCCACUGAUCUUGGUUCUCCAUUUCUUCGCUGUAGCAGUUUAUGGCGUUGGCCGCUUACAGCUUCCAUUCCCUUCACCUAAACGGAUGUGGCUUGGGGUUAGGCUGAUUUCGGGUGCAUCGGCUAUAAUAUUCCCCAUUAUAAAGGCUGAAGGAGUGAGACAAGUGUUCUUCCCUGCAACUGUUCCAGCAUACUACAGAGCUCCUCCUAUGAUCUGA